AUGUCUCUCAUCUGCUUUGUUUAUUUGAUUUUUCUCAAUCUGAUACUCGUUCAUAGUGAAUCGUUUACAUCAACGUCGCAUUUGACGCAUUUGUUCAAUACCGAAAUUGAACUAUCAAAACAACUAGAAAAAUAUCUCAAGGAUGAAUACGAACGCUUAGAUCAAGUUGAAAAAUUUCUCAAUGUCAUCAAGGAUGAAAUUCGCCAAGCACAAGGUAAUCCCGAACGUUAUUUCGGUAAUCCGGUCAAUUCGUAUCUAUUCAUCAAACAUCUCACCGUCGAAUGGUACAAUGUUGAAGAAAUCGUCUCAAUGGAUAUAUCGAAAACAAUGGGUGAUAAUUGGGCAUUUCCUUCCUUCGAAGAUUACACAGGUUCUGCGAUCGCUCUAAUGCGCUUACAAGAUACAUAUAAACUGAAUACAAGUGACUUAGCGAAUGGAAAAAUUAGUGAUAAUUUCAAAUCAAGAGCAUUGAGUGCCUCGGAAUGUUAUGAUUUGGGACGUAUUGCUUAUACAAAUGCUGAUUUUUACCAUACAAUCAUGUGGAUGCAAGAAGCUCUCGAUCAUUUGGAUAGAGAAACCAAUGCGACAGCGCCGAAUAAAAUCGAUAUUCUUGAUCACCUUGCUUACGCCACGUCUCAACAAGGAAAUAUCGAACAUGCUUUGGCAUUGACAGAAGAAAUAUUAGCGAUAGCUCCAGAACAUACGCGAGCAUUGAAUAAUAAGGAAUAUUAUGUUGAUCUUCUUCGAAAAAAAACAUCGAAAACUGAUGGUAGCUCAAUCGUCAAUGUUAAAAAAGUUGAUCUUUCAAAUAUAAAAAACCAACGUCCAACAGACUAUCUAGAAGAACGAGAACAAUAUGAAAAACUUUGCCGACAAACCGAAUCGAAACUAAGUCCCAAACAACAAGCAAAAUUGUUUUGUCGAUAUCGUCAUAACAAUCAUCCGUACUUAAUUUUACGACCUGUUAGAGAAGAACAAUUAUUAGACGAUCCAGCCUUGUAUCUUUAUCAUGACGUUAUUACUGAUCGUGAUAUUGACGAAAUCAAAGCACUUGCUUCUCCACGAUUACAACGAGCCGUUCUGAGCAGAGCGGUCGUACAAAACCCUAGAACGGCUCAACUCGAGCCUGCCAGUUAUAGAGUGAGCAAAAGUGCUUGGUUAAAAAAUGAGGAUGCACCGUCCAUUGCUCGUCUGUCACGAUUGAUCGAGGCUUUGACGAAUUUGAGUAUGUUAACAGCGGAAGAUCUUCAGGUUGCAAACUAUGGUAUUGGUGGUCAUUACGAACCACAUUUUGACUUUGCACGUAAAACUGAGAAGGAUGCAUUUACAAGUUUCGGUGCUGGAAAUCGAAUGGCAACUUGGUUAACCUAUUUCAGCGAUGUCGAACAGGGUGGUGCCACUGUUUUUCCAGCUCGUGGCGGCUACGUCAAACCAAAGAAGGGAAGCGCAGCCUUUUGGUAUAAUCUUUAUGCAUCAGGCGAAGGUAUUGUUUUUCAUCAUAUCCUAUUCUACCAUGUCUAA